UUUUAGGAGAAAGGGGAUGGAUUUAGGACGGAGGUCUUUAGAGUCACAUGGACUCAAGUUUUUGAUUAAUGUCCAAAUGCCUGUGUUGUGUAGUUUAAACAGAAUUGCUCCCAGACUGGAAUAAAGUUUUAAAGGAAGAUACUGCGUGUUUUGGAAAACGUGUUAUUUGUAAACACAAUGACUGAAGAAGGGAAAGCCGAACACAGAGGUGAAAGCGGGAAAGAUUUGGAAAAACAGCUCCGUUUAAGAGUUUGCGUUUUAAAUGAGCUUUUGAAGACGGAGAGGGAUUAUGUGAGCACCCUGGAGUUUCUCUCGGCAUUUCUUCAUCGACUAAACCAGUAUGCUGCUUCAAAAAUGGAUAAGAAUGUGACCGAAGAAACAGUUAAGAUGUUGUUUUCUAAUAUUGAGGACAUUCUGUCGAUGCACAAAGAGUUCCUGUCCAUGAUCGAGGAGCUACUGCAGCCUGAAACCAGCGCACAUCAUGAACUGGGGCUCUGCUUCCUGCAGUUUAGGAACAGAUUUCAGAUUUAUGAUGAGUACUGCAGCAAUCACGAAAAAGCACAGAGGCUUCUCCUGGAAAUGAACAAAAUAAGGACUGUCCGGACAUGUUUACUGAACUGCAUGCUGCUAGGAGGGCGGAAGAACACAGAUGUACCACUUGAAGGCUAUCUGGUAGCUCCAAUACAAAGGAUCUGCAAGUAUCCUCUUCUUCUGAGGGAGUUGUUAAAGAGGACCCCGAAGAAACACACUGACUACGCACUGGUGCAGGAGGCUCUCCAAGUCAUGAAAGAUGUUUGUUCCAACAUCAAUGAAGCAAAGAGGCAGAUGGAAAAGUUAGAGGUCCUGGAGGAAUGGCAGUCUCAUAUCGAGGGAUGGGAGGGUUCUAACAUUACUGAUACAUGCACUGAGAUGCUGAUGCAGGGGAUCUUGAUGAAAAUUUCAGCAGGAAACAUCCAGGAGCGGAAGUUCUUUCUUUUCGAUAAUCUGCUUGUGUAUUGCAAAAAGAAACACAGACGUUUAAAGAACAGCAAAGCUGCUACAGAUGGCCCCCGCUAUCUGUUCCGUGGACGAAUCAAUACUGAAAUUAUGGAAGUGGAGAACAUGGAUGAUGGGACAGCUGACUUCCACAGCAGUGGUAACAUCGUGUACAAUGGCUGGAAGAUACACAAUACAGCUAAAAACAAAUGGUUUGUGUGCAUUGCAAAGAGCCCAGAGGAGAAGCAGGAGUGGCUGGAGGCUUUUCUGAAAGAACGAGAAAGGAGAAAAAGCCUCAGACUGGGUAUGGAGCAGGAUACUUGGGUGAUGGUUUCAGAGAAGGGAGAAAAGCUCUACAACUUGAUGUGCAAGCAAGGACACCUCAUCAAAGACAGGAAACGGAAACUCACCACUUUCCCAAAGUGCUUCCUUGGAAGUGAGUUUGUGUCGUGGCUGAUGGAGAUAGGAGAGGUUGACAACCCAGAAGAAGGGGUUCAUCUUGGGCAGGCUCUGCUAGAAAAUGGCAUCAUCCACCAUGUUACAGAUAAGCACCAGUUUAAAUCUGAACCAGUGUUGUACAGAUUCCGAUAUGAUGACGGGACGUACCAUCCGAGAAGUGACAUGCAGGAUGUCAUCUCCAAGGGCGUCAGGCUGUUCUGCCGGCUUCAUAGCCUGUUUACACCAGUGAUCAGGGAUAAAGAUUACCAUCUGAGAACAUACAAAUCUGUGGUGAUGGCAAAUAAGUUGAUAGACUGGCUUAUUGCGCAGGGAGACUGCCGGACAAGGGAGGAGGCAAUAAUCUUGGGUGUUGAACUUUGUGACAAUGGAUUCAUGCACCAUGUGCUGGAAAAGAGUGAAUUCAAGGAUGAGCCGUUGUUGUUCCGAUUCUUUGCUGAUGAAGAAAUGGAAGGCUCAAACACCAAGCACAAACCCAUGAAGCAUGAUUUAAAAAUAGUUGAAAAUGUCAUAGCUAAGUCCCUGCUGAUUAAACAUAGCGAAGGAGGUUAUGGUUUUUCUUUAGAAGACAGGAAUACAGUGCCAAUAGUCAAGUAUGUGGAAAAGGGAUCAUAUGCUGAGAUGGCUGGUCUGGAGCUGGGGAAGAAAAUAUUUGCCAUCAACGGAGAUCUGGUUUUCCGAAGACCUUUCCAGGAAGUGGAGUGUUUCCUGAAGCAGUGCUUCAAUAGCAGGAGGCCUCUCAGGGUGCUGGUGAGCACCAAGCCAAGAGAGACUGUAAAGAUCCCAGACUCCGCGGAUGGCCUUGGAUUCCAGAUUCGUGGCUUUGGCCCUUCUGUUGUGCACGCGGUAGGCAGAGGAACUGUGGCAGCUAUAGCAGGCCUGCAUCCUGGACAGUGUAUUAUCAAAGUGAAUGGGAUUAAUGUCAGCAAGGAGAGCCAUGCAAGUGUGAUUGCACAUGUUACAGCGUGCCGCAUAUACAGGCGACCAACACAGCAAGAUUCUAUAAAAUGGAUUUAUAACAAUACUGAAAGUGCUCAAGAAGACCUUCAGAAAGCCAGUCUGAAGCCCCCUGGGGACGGCAGUGGUGAUGUGUUUGAAUGUAAAGUAGAAGAGGUGAUUGACAAAUUCAACACUAUUGCGAUAAUCGAUGGAAAGAAGGAUCACGUGAGCCUGACGGUCGAUAAUGUUCACCUGGAAUAUGGGGUUGUGUAUGAGUAUGACAGCACUGCCGGAAUAAAAUGCCAUGUGCAGGAGAAGAUGGUUGAACCUAAGGGAUUCUUCAGCCUAACUGCAAAGAUCCUUGAAGCACUGGCGAAAAAUGAUGAGCAAUUUGUACAAAACUGCCACAAACUGAGCUUAAUACAUGACAUGAUCCCAGCUGACCUUCGGCCUAAGUUUGCCACCAUGUGUAGUGAGAGGAUCGAACACGUCAACAGAAGAGUCACCAAUUACAGGAAGUUUUCCAGGGUGCUGAAAAACAGAGCCUGGCCAACAUUCAAGCAAGCCAAGACUAAGGUAUCCCCGCUGCACAGCAGUGACUUUUGCCCAACUAACUACCACAUCAACGUAAUGGAGGUGUCCUACCCCAAAACCACCACCUCCUUGGGAAGUGCUUUUGGCGUACAGCUUGACAACCGGAAAAACUCAACACUUGAGAAAGUGAGCAAGAGCAUAGAGCAAGGCAAACUGAACCCCAUGGUGUACGUCCAGCACACCAUAACCACCAUGGCAGCCCCCUCGGGUCACAGUCUGGGGCGGCCGGACGGUCACGGCCUGCGGUUCCUCUUGAGGGAGGAAGACCUUGAGACACUGGAUGCCUACCAGAGGAUUCUCAGCAAACUGCAGACUAUGGUGAAGGAGAUGGAGAGUUAUGCCUGUCAGAUUGAUGACCUUCUCUCUUCAAUAACACACCCUCCAGCUUCAGAGUGCAAAACAGCUGAGACCUACAUCACCACAGACAAUGAUAACGAGAAGGUGGAACGCAAUGGCAAACGCGUCUGCUUUAAUGUAGCUGCCGACGAGCAGGAGGACUCUGGUCACGACACCAUCAGCAACAGGGAUUCGUACAGUGACUGUAACAGUAACAGGAACUCAAUAGCCUCUUUCACCAGCAUCUGUAGCAGCCAUUGUAGUUCAUACGUACACAGUGAUGAAAUGGAUUCAGGAGAUGAGCUGCCCCUUAGUGUACGGAUUUCUCAUGAUAAGCAAAAGAAAUUACAUGGCUUUCUGGAACAUCUCUUUAGUCAGGUGGAGUCAACCACAAGUCUUCUAAAGGGUCCAGCUGUGGCAAGGGCCUUUGAGCAGACCAAAUGCUUCACUCCAGGUCGAGGGCUACAAGAGUUCCAGCAGGAGAUGGAGCCCAAGGUUAACUGCACUAAGAAGCUGAGGCUUCACAUCAAGCAGGACCCGUGGAACCUUCCCAGCAGCGUCCAGAAUCUGACACAGACCAUCGGCAAGUUUGUGGAAGAGGUGAAGACCCGCAUUCUUCUGGUUCUGCUCGAAUACACAGACUCGGAGAUUCAGCUCAGACGAGACAUUGUUUUCUGCCAAAGUCUGGUCGCCGCAGUCUGUGCUUUCUCGGAGCAGCUAUUGGCAGUCUUGAAUCAGACACACCACACCGGCAAGGAAUACGAAACGGAGACUCAGGAGGCCAGCAAAAGGUGGCUGGAGCAGAUAGCCAGCACAGGGCUGCUGUUUCACUUCCAGUCCCUGCUCUCACCAAAUCUGGCAGAUGAGCAGGCGAUGUUGGAGGAUACACUAGUUGCCUUGGAUGACCUGGAAAAAGUAACUUUUUACUUCAGACUUUCUGAAGGAGAGCCCCUGGUUGCAAAUAUGCCCAUCACGUAUCAGGUUGAAGGAAGUCGGCAAGCAAUAAAAGUUUACUUUUAUCUUGAGAGUUACAAUUUUGAGCAGCUUCCGCAAAGGCUAAGGAACGGUGGUGGAUUUAAAAUCUACCCUGUACUCUUCACACAAGCUUUGGAGAGUAUGGAGGGAUACUACUACAGGGAUAACGUAUCUGUGGAAGAGUUUCAGGCUCAAAUUAAUGCGAUUUCCCUGGAAAAGGUUAAACAGUACUACCAGAAGCUCAGGGCCUUCUAUCUGGACAAAUCAAAUUUGCCUCCAAGCUCAACACCUAAAGCGGCCUUAAUAGACAAGCUCAUGCGGCCUCUCAAUGCACUGGACGAGCUCUAUCGAUUGAUAGAAUCUUUUCUCAGCUCGAAGCGCACGGCAGCCUGCCAGUACACAGCCUGUGGAGCCUCGGGAGUCGGCUUGCUGUCAGUGGCUUCAGAGCUCUGUAACCGCCUGGGAGCCUGCCACAUCAUGAUGUGCAACAGCGGUGUCCACCGCUGCACCCUGAGCGUCACUCUGGAGCAGGCCAUUCUUCUUGCCCGAAGCCACGGGCUUCCUCCUCGCUGCAUCAUGCAGGCCACUGAUGUGAUACGAAAACAGGGAGCAAGAGUACAAAACUCUGCCAAGAACCUGGGAGUGAGGGAUCGUACACCACAGUCAGUGCCAAGAUUGUACAAGCUCUGCCAGCCACCACCCCCUGAUGGAGACUCAUGAAGACACCUGCCUACGGUUUCUGUCCAGCAGCAGACGGCACUUCUGAGCAUUCCAAUAGUACUGGCCUGGAACACCCAGAGCAUUCCAAUAGUACUGGCCUGGAACACCCAGCGCAUUCCAACAGUACUGGCCUGGAACACCCAGCGCAUUCCAACAGUACUGGCCUGGAACACCCAGAGCAUUCCAAUAGUACUGGCCUGGAACACCCAGCGCAUUCCAACAGUACUGGCCUGGAACACCCAGCGCAUUCCAACAGUACUGGCCUGGAACACCCAGCGCAUUCCAACAGUACUGGCCUGGAAUACCCAGCGCAUUCCAACAGUACUGGCCUGGAAUACGGAUGGGUCUCUGGAUAGUCUACCUAAAUGUUUCUAAACUGACCCCCAACCCCCUCUUUCUCCCUUUUUGAUGUGUUUUAAAAAAAUAAAUAAAUAAAUAACUUUAUGUAAAUAGUGAAAUUACAUGUAACUAUAUAUUAUAUAUACAUAUUUUUUAUUGUGAAAAAGUAAUGUUACAGUUUAGUUUUUUGUUGUUGAUCUGUUUAAAAACAUUAGUUUUCAUUUUUCCCCACACUUUCAAAUCUUAAGCACCGCCCUCAAAGGCUGGUCUGACUUUGCGUGCAGCUAGUCUGCGUAAGUUAGCUGCCUUUCACACCGCAGUAAGCCAUAUGCGCACUUAAAGGUUGUGCUGGGAGUCAAGGCAAGGAAAGAGCCAUAAUCACUGAUUUCAAUAAAACAUACAGGUGCACUCCACUUAUAACGGACUCCAAGGGGCAAUGGAAAUCAGUACUUUAUAAAUGAAGUACGUAGUAAACACAAUUCGAAAUGCUGUCUGUAACUGCAAACUACCUUAAAUAUAAACAACACAAGAAAGCUUAACUGCCAAAGAACAGGAGUUUAUUAUUUGUACACGACACACCCCUGUGGGCCGUACAAUGUAAUAAAUAGGACCAUUUUACAAAUUUAUAUUUUCGCUAAAUGUAAUUAAAAUUGUAUACAUACGUUAAAACUGUACAACAGUUGUGCAGACAAAAAACAUAGGAUAAAGUAAACAGCAUCUGUUUUUCCUGCCUGACGUCACAAAUGCUGCUGUGACUGUCAUUUACUGUCCCGGAUGUAGCUUAUUUGCGCAAAAUAUAUACAUGUGGAACAGAAACACUGUACGUAUUAAACAGCACUGUAUAUAUUAAACAGUAUGUAUUAAAUGCAAAAGACCUGCUUGUGGAACAGGAAAACGGUAUGUAUUAAACAGUAUAUGCAUUAUAAACGAAUACGUUUUAACCAGAGUAAUUCCCCAUUAAAACCCAUGUUGUUUGGCAGCGACAUGCCUCCUCAAUACAUUGUAAACAGAUCUCCGUUCUAACAGGAUCCCUUAUAAAUGGAGUGCACCUGUACUUUGAUAAGAUACAUUCCGGAAUAUUGUGAAGACCAAGGCACUUUGACAGUGUUGAAGUGUCAGUACAAGGGUCAAUAUGGAGUGCAGCAGCUGUACUGCAUAAUAAUUGGAAUAAAUGGUAUUUACAGCCCAGAUUGAUUCUGCCUUUGUUGAGCAACUGAAUGAAAUGUUAAUCAAACUAAACAGUGCUUAAAGGGUUAUACUAUAGUAAAUACAAUAAUAAUACAAAUAAUUGUAACCUGUUGUGCUCUUCCAUUCACUGUAUACAUUUCUUAUGAGCAGUUUUGAAACACAUUACAGGAAACAUGUAUUUUUAAUUUUAAAUGAUAUUGUGGCGACACAGGGUCUCUAAACUCUUUUUUUUGUUGUUGAAUGAAAGUGAAUGGACAGACACUGUAAUUGUCAGUGCAAAUCAGGAGUUCUGUUUUUUACUCCAAAUAAAACUGGGUCCCUAUGGGCUGAGACCAUGCCAAAACAACAAACCCCUUUUUAACUGUCUCUCCAGACUAACAGUGCCCUGCCCUCCCUACUCGUUCCUACUCCAGUCACCCUCACAGCCUCUAACAGUCUCUCUCUCUCGUAGGCCUCAAUUAGUGCAUUGCUCUGUAACGGUCUGUCUCUUCUCAAUCGCUUUCACUAACAGCUCUCCCCUAUGGCGUAAUCCCCUGCCUUAUACCAACCAGCCUAGACCCACCCCCGACCAACUCUCCCACCAAUCACUGCAGAUCAUCACUCUCACUGACUGCCUGGCAACAGCGGGAGCUGCAUCACUCCUCGUCAGGGGGCGAUCCAACUGAGCUGCCACCCCCCCCCCCCCCCCCCUUCUAUAACCCUCACCUAACUAAUUCCCCUCACCCCAUUCUAACCCCUGGCAUGGUCCCGUCCCGAACAAUACAUGCACCUGUUCAAUAAACAAACAAACAUAAGAGUCUCUUCAGGGCGCAGUGCCCUCUGCAGUCCCCAGGUCGCUACAAUACGUUGUACCAUACCAGGUAAGAACUGCAAAUGGAAGUGAACGACAGGUGAGCUUUUAUUUAUUUUUUAUUUGAGAGAUUAGUCCUCCAAGCUCAAGUGGAUUAUUUUUUUUUUUUUUAAUGCAUUUCAAUUGUUAUUCCUUGUCAUGUUGGGAAUUACCAAGCUAUUGUAAAUAGUUUUUAAAAUGUUUAUAGAUAUACAGACAAUACUCUGGAUCGAGAAGUUUUGGAGAAGUGAAGAUUUCUACAACAGUUUAGGUCUCUUGUAAUAAUGUAACCUUUUUUUUAUCUUAUUCAAAUACAGAAUACAGCAAGUGCUGUUUGGAGAAUUUAAAGCUACAUAGACUGUUAGCUGAGAUUACCGAAUAUACAAAAAGAGCAAACUUUUACUAUAUAUAUAUAUAUAUAUAUAUAUAACUGCACAAUAAAUAUGUCUGUCUGUCUGGUAUAGCAGUCCUUGGUUUGUAUUAAAUUUCAAACACCUUAUAAAGAACACCAGAAGUGUAAAGAAAAGUACAAUUGCAAAAAGUGUUUAGUGUAGUUUUUAGGAUGCAAAUUAAAAUAAUGUAUUUAGUUUUGUAUGACUUUUCUGUAUUCCUGGUUUGAACUUCUCCAUUUCUAAACCCAGAUUUUCAACUUUAUCUGAUACACAGUAUUUCAACGUAACAUUUAAUAUACCAGUUAUGCAUUAGAUUAUUAUUUUAAAUGCAAUUAAACCAUUCUAAACAAUG